CGCGCGCCGCCGCGCUGUCCGCCCGCGUGGGGCUCUCGCCAUAGCGGCGCUACCGUCGGCUCCGGGGGCUGUGCAGGUCGGUCCGGAGCUCCUCACGAAGAGCAGCGCGGCUCGGCGGCGGCGGCGCGGGACCCCGCGGCUCCGUCAUGGCUACCUACAAGCCAGUGGUGGUGCAGACGUGCCCCAAACUUGGGGAGAGGAUCACGCAGGACACGGUGUACUGGCGGGGGUACAAGACACCUGUUCAGAUAAAGGAAUUUGGUGCUAUAAACAAAAUUGAUUUCUCGCCGGUUUCUCCAUAUAAUUAUGCUGUCACGGCCUCCUCAAGGAUCCACAUUUAUGGUCGUUACUCUCAGGAGCCAGUAAAAACCUUUUCUCGCUUCAAAGAUGCUGCUUAUUGUGCUACAUACAGAGAUGAUGGCAAUCUGCUUGUUGCUGGCAGUGAGGAAGGUAGCAUUCGCCUCUUUGAUGUUAGUGGAAAAGCACCGUUGAGACAAUUUGAUGGUCAUUCCAAAGCUGUCCAUGUGGUGGGCUUCCUGUCUGAUAAAUACCGAAUAUUUUCUGGUGGUGAUGAUUAUUCAUCAAAUCUGUGGGAUAUUCCAAGUGCUACAGAAAUUGUCUCUUACAAUGAACAUACUGACUAUGUGAGAUGUGGCUGUGCAAGUAAAGUUAAUGCAGAUGUCUUUAUAACAGGUUCCUAUGAUCACACUGUGAAACUAUUUGAUGCACGAACAAAAAGUAGUGUCAUGACAGUAGAACAUGGCCAGCCUGUGGAGAGUGUAUUACUGUUCCCUUCUGGUGGGCUUCUGGUUUCUGCAGGAGGUCGAUAUGUCAAAGUCUGGGAUGUACUAAAAGGAGGGCAAUUACUCGUCUCACUUAAAAAUCACCAUAAAACUGUAACUUGUUUAUGCCUGAACAGCUCUGGACAGAGGUUAUUGUCAGGAUCCUUGGACAGGCAUGUGAAGAUUUACAGUACUACUUCCUACAGAGUAGUACACAGCUUUAAUUAUGCAACAUCCAUCCUCAGUCUUGCGUUGUCGCCUGAAGAUGAAACCAUAGUUGUAGGCAUGACCAACGGGGUGCUAAAUAUUAAACACAGAAAACCUGAAGAAAGGAAAGAAGACUCUCAAAAAAAGAGACGACCAGCAUACAGAACCCAUGUCAAAGGGAGAACUUACGUGUCAAAACAGGAAGAUUUCUGUGUCAGUAAACCUGUAAAACGCGUUUUGAGGAAAUAUGACAAGCUACUGAAGAGCUUUCAGUCUUCCAAGGCUCUUGAUGCAGUACUGGAGCCACCCAUCCGACUUUAUACUCCUGAAGUUACUGUUGCAGUUAUGCAGGAACUACAUCGCAGAGGAACACUGAGGAGCGCACUUGCAGGCCGAGACGAGAAGCAAAUUAAUCUUCUUCUUACCUUUGUGGCAAGGCGGGUGAUUGAGCCUAGAUUUACUCCUGUACUAGUGACUGUUGCAGAUAUGAUUACUGACAUUUAUCAGCCUGUGGUUGGGCAGUCAGUGAUUGUUGACAGACAAUUCCUGCGACUUCAGGAAGCCAUAGGAAAAGAGAUUGACUAUCAAGAGGAACUACUAGAAGUAUUGGGAAUGAUGGAUACACUGUUUGCUACUUUUACUAAGAAAAGAGAUACGUAUCUAGAUGAGAACAAAAGUAAUGGUCUUACAGAUGCCAUCGAAACAAAUAAAAGUGACUGACAGCCAUGGCAACAAAUUGUCACAAAAAUAAUGUGGACAUGAAAUACACGACCUGUUUUUCUGGCAAUUUUUUAUAAUAGUGACUUUCAAAAUACCCCUCUAUGUUGAAGUUCUGUCUUCCAAACUGUGUGUUUGAGUAGGCAGAAUUACUGAAGACAGAGAAAGGACUUUUUCAAUAUCUUCCAUGCAAUGUUUUUUUAAAUAAUUGAAUCUUAAAGUUCUAUUCUAAAGUAGUAUAACUUUUAAAGAUGGUUUUAUGCAUCCAAUACUAAGUCAUUAUUUGAUUCAGAGAAACAGUAAACAAUUUUCAGUUUUAUUUACCAGAAAAUAAUUGAGUUUUGUCCAAUUUUAAUGUGUCAUUGUCCUUAUUUAAGGUUAAUAUUCCAUCUUGCAUAUUGAGAUGUAGGAAGAAAAUCAUGUAUGCAUUUGAUAAAACUUGACUACAUUGUGUAUUCUCUCCCUGCUCCAUCUAUAUUUCAGGCUUUAAUGAAUUCAUAAGAAAUGGCAAAGACUUGGGAAAACAAGUGCACGUUAUUUUUUUUGUUCUGUUCUGUUUAAUGCAGUAUAAGAAAUACGCUUAUGCAUAUUUAAAAAUGUUAGUUUCAUUUUUUGAACAGUGUAUAUACAUUUGUGAAUUAUAAUUGUUUAGAAAAUAGGUAAUUCUUACUUCUAAAGGCAAAUUAAUUAAAAUUAAUGCAGUGAGGAAGUAAACUACACACCAGUGUGAAAACCCUCAAGUAAAAGAACUCAAAUUUUGUGUAAUUCUAUCACUUUCAAUAUACAGUAGAUGCAAUUGGAGUCUACGUUGUUAUCAUUAUAUAUUUCAGUACUGGUAUAAUGGUUUAUUUUAGAUUCAAGCAGUACUGGAGAAGGAUGCUGUACUUUGGAAAGACAGAUAUGCCAAAUACUGCUCAACACGUUUAGGUUGACAGUAGAGUCAAACUUUAUCCUUAACCUAUUUUCCAUGACUUGUGUUUUGUCUGAGGACUGGUAUUUAUUUGAGCAAUAAUAAGAAUUCCCUGCAAAAGGAAUUUGCUCAAGUAUGGCACUGGGUAUCAGAGGUAGAAAUAACUGCAACAAUUUUGUGACUUCUACCGAAAAUGUUAACGAUCUUAGACUGAAGAAUAUGGAGCAGUACCUGGUCUGCCCUAAAAUUAAUAUGUGAGAAAUAUAUGCCUGGCUACAGUGAUUUGCUGGUGUUGGAGACUUAUAAUAACUAACAAGGAGCAUGUUCAUAGUUUCCUUGCGCUUACUUUGCUGUUUUAAUUUUAUUUCUGCUAAUAGACUUGAAUUUUCUGUUGUGUUUUAGGAAAUGUGUGUGUUGCUUUGAAUUAUGUGAACUUACCAGGCAGUAUCUCUUAAGAGACCACACAAAAUGAGUUUUCCAGGGAAGGGGAGGCCCUUCCUGCAGCUGGCUUAUUCCUUGCCUUGUCAACUCUGAGCAGUCUGAGUUGACUUGAGUUGGAGUUGAAGCACUUGAAGACACUUCUCUUCACUGCCUACUGUUCCAUGGCUUAAGAACCAAUAACCUUAGCAUCAAACGUAAUCUUCUUACUGUUAAUAUUGAUUUCUACACUAUUUAUUCAUUGUAGUGCCUUGAAGUAUAUGUGGCUAGCAGAACCAUAGGAAGAAGUGGGGUUAAAAUAGCAAAUCAAUUUUAUCUGAAUUGGAGAGAUGAAUUUGAUGGGUGGACUGCUUGGUAGUGAAUAAAGGAUUAGUUGGAUGGUCAUAUCCAGAGGGUAGUGCUCAACUAUGCUAUGUACAGAUGAAGAUCAGUGACAAGUGGUGUCCCUUGGGGGUCUGUUCUGGGACGAGUACUGUUUAAUGUCUUCAUUGGUGACAUAGUGGGAUAGGGUGCACCAUCAGCAAGUCGUAGACAACACCAAGAUCUGUGGUGCAGUUGACAUGUCUGAGGGAGAGGAUGCCAUCCAGAAGGGAUGUGAACAAGCUUGAGAAGUGGGUCUGUGUGAACAUUAUGAGUUUCAACAGGGCGAAGUGCAAGGUCCUGCACCUGGGUUGAAGCAACCCCCACUAUCAAUACAGACUAGGGGAAGAGGUGAUUGAGAGCAGCCCUAUGGAGAAGGACCUGGAGAGCUGGCAUUGCGUGCUCACAGCCCAGAAAGGCAACUGUGUCCUGGGCUGCAUCCAAAGAAUUGUGGCCGCUGGUUGAGGAAGGUGUUUCUGCCCCUCUGCUCCACUCUGGUACCAAAUACCCUACCUGAACUACUGCAUCCAGUGAUGGAGUCAUCAACACAGAAAAGAUGUGGAGUGUCCAAAGGAGGGUCACACAAAUGAUCACAGGAAUGAACACCUUUCCUAUCCUAUAAGGAAAGGCUGAGACCGUUGGGAGCUCUUUAGCCUGGAGAAGGGAAAGCUCCAGGGAGACAUUAUUGCGACCUUUUCAUACCGAAAGAAAGAUGGGGCAAACUUUUAGCAGGGCCUGUUGUGACAGAACAAGGGGUAAUAAUUUUAAACUAGAAGUGUGUAGAUCUCUUGUCGAUAUAAGGAAGGCAUUCUUUACAAUGAGAUUGGUGAAACACUGAAGCAGGUUGCCUAGAGAGAUGCAAGAGAAGAUACGCUAUCUCUGGAAACAUUUGAGGUCAGGUUGUAUGAGGUUCUGAGCAACCUGAUGGAGUUGAAGAUGUUCCUGCUCACUAUAGGGGGGUUGAACUAGAUGACCUUUAAAGACCCCUUACAACCCAAACUAUUCUAUGAUCUUAUCUUUGAUUUAUUACGAUGUUUACUAUUCACAUUAUUCUACCAGGUAAAUUGCCAAGCUAGACCUGGAAGCAGGUGUGAGGUAUAAACACAAACAGAGUCCUGAUCAGAACUUGGAAAAACAAAUGCUAUUUUAAGAUAUUAAUUUCUAAAAAGACUAGUAAAAUAAAAUUUUGAAGAGUUAUCUAACUGACUAUUAGAUUUUCUGCUACUUGAAUAAAAGCAGCCAGCUCUAUUACGGGUUCUACUAGAUUUGCUGUCUCUGCAUUGAAAGCCUGUAUUUGUUCUGGUGAUUCCUAGUCUGCUCGCCAACCUUGUCUGUUCUUUGUCUCUGCUUGUCUGUUACAAAAAUUAAUGUUGGGAUUGUUUGCUGUUUGUUUGUUGUGGUUUUUUUUAAUAUUUAGUAAUACUUUUUUACCUACAUGAUUAAGUUACAUAGGAGCCAGAAUAAGAUGCUGCUGUUACCACUGUCAUGCCUAUCAUUCAUGUUGUAAUUUUAUUAUAAUAUUAAUAAUAAUUGUGAAUUUUUGCUCUUUAAUAGGCUGCUGGUUGAACAAAAUAGUAGGAAAGAAGUUCUUUCAGGUCACAGUUUACAGGGGUAUUUCUGUAGAGAUGAAUGUUUAAAUACAUUACUGUGGUGCCAGGCAUGCAUAUGUUUGUUUUAAAGGUGAAAAUUCUAUUUCUAUGAAAAUGUAAUUAUUUUCCCAGCAAUGCAUUACCUUAUGCCCUGAAAUUUAAUAUUUGAAAGCAUUGUGAUGGAAUGGCAUGAAACAAAAAAGUUAGAAGAGUUAAUUGUGGUUGGAGGAAGUAUAAUGCUGGGUGUCAUGUUUGCAGAAAGGAUGUUCUUUAUUCUAUACAUUCUGCUUAUACAGAAAAGUGGGGAUUUAUUACACACAGAAUCUUCCUUGACUUCUAGGCUAUUCUGGAACUACCAGAUUGAUUUGUCUUUGAAAUACAGUUAAUAAAUUAUAUUUUCCCAGAGCAGAUAGUUAAAACCAAAAAGUGUCUGUUACGUUUUUGACAUCCUUUUCAUAAAAAAAGGGCACAUUUGCAGCUCUUUAUUGGAAAGAAGAACACCUCCCCACCCCCAAUUAUUGUUAUGGCUCAGGAGCACGGUUAGCAUCGACGGCUGCCAGAAAAAAGGUUUUCUAAUUGAAUACAUUCAGACAUGGACUGGGUUUCAG